CACUUAUUACACUGUUCCACUAGAACUGGUCGAAGAAACGGUCUUGAAUUUCUUUGGCGUCAAAGUGAGUUUCAUCUUUUGAUUCGCUUAUCAUCGCUACCUUCAAACUACGUAAAUCGGCAUAUGCAUCUAUGGAUUUGAUUUCGGAGUGAACCCAGAUAAUUUGGAAAUGGCUGGAGGUGGCCGAACAAGUGCUAGAAGUAGAAUCAAACCCGCUGCGGAUGCCAACGACAUAGACGAUUCUCCCCGCAACGCAAAACGUAACCUCAAAGCACGUAAAGAUAGAAGUAGAGAUCACAACUACAUUAGGAUCUUCGAUGUUAAUCUGAAAGUCAUGCUAGGGAUGAGCGCUUUCGCGUUUCUAGUGAUCCUCUUCCUGAUUCGUCAUCUCGUAAAUCCUGCUGAAGAAGCUCGGAGACCUAGGGUUGUUACACCGUUUCCGGCGCCAAAAGUCAUGGACCUUCCUCAGUUUCAAGGCGAGCACCGAGAGAGCUUGUAUUGGGGAACAUAUCGCCCUCAUGUUUAUCUUGGAAUUCGUGCCAGGACUCCACAAUCUCUGAUUGCCGGUUUGAUGUGGAUUGCUGUGAAGGAUGGAAGAUAUUUAAUGAGACAUGUCUGUCAAGAUUCUGAUGAGCUAAGCACAUAUGGUUGGACACAUCAUAAUGGACGUGAUUUUGGACACCAAGUUCUGGUUGACCAGGACUUAAUGUUGACAACAAGUUUCUUGAAAUCGAAGGUUGAUGGCUGUGGCUAUGGAGGAGACUGGGCUGUUCGGAUAGAUGUUCAAAGCAAACAAUCUAAGUGGAAUGAGGACACUACGCAUCUAUUUUUCUAUAUGGCUGAUGAAGAUGGCAAUGCUCUAAGUUUGAGUAGAGACUUUGACAUUCAUGAGGAUUCUAUCCUUGUGUCAGGUUCACGAAUGGAUGUUGGAGGUUGGCAGCUUCAUUUAAAAUCAAUGCAGAAUAAUUUGGAAGUCCAUUUUGCUGGUUUUAAGACAAACCACAUUCACAAUUUAUCUGAUCUAGUUCAGCAAAACCUUGGGUCACAAGCAAGAAAGUUUGGUCGACUGCAGCUAUCUGACACUUCAGACGAUUCUCCAAAUAUUCUAGUUUUUCAGAUUUCUGCUCAGAUACCUUUCAAAAUAGAUAUUGCGUUUGUCUCCGGAAAUGUUUCCCAAAGCUCAAGAGUUGAAGAACGUGUCAGAAGUCUCACUGGAACCAUACUGACUGGUCAAUUGAGAGAGAAGCAAAGAGAAUUUGACGCUAAAUACGAGAAGAGCUUCAACCUGGCUGACAUGAUUGAUUCUGAAUCUCUGAAUGUCGGUAAGGCUGCUCUUGGAAACUUGUUGGGUGGCAUAGGAUAUUUCUAUGGCCAGUCAAAAAUUUCACUUCCACGAGACCCCAACCCUGGGGAUCAUGAUAAUCUUAUUUCAUAUUGGCCAGCUGAGCUUUACACAGCUGUUCCAAGUCGACCCUUCUUCCCGAGGGGAUUUUUAUGGGAUGAAGGUUUUCAUCAGCUGCUGAUCUGGCGUUGGGAUGUUCACAUUUGCUUGGAUAUCAUUGGGCAUUGGUUAGAUCUAAUGAAUGUUGAUGGAUGGAUUCCACGUGAGCAAAUUUUGGGUGCUGAAGCUCUAAGUAAGGUCCCAGAGGAAUUUGUUCCCCAGCAUCCCACUAAUGGAAAUCCUCCAACUCUGUUUUUAGUGUUACGUGAAAUCACCCAUAGCUUAAAGGAAAAAAGGUUCGAUGCCACUGAAAGUGAAGAGAUCUCUUCAUUUCUAGAACGGGCUUUUGUUCGCCUGGAAGCAUGGUUCCAAUGGUUCAAUACUACCCAGUUAGGGAAGGAUAGGAGUAGCUAUUAUUGGCAUGGGAGAGACAGUACGACAACUCGUGAACUAAAUGCGAAGACACUGUCAUCUGGGCUGGAUGAUUAUCCACGAGCUUCACACCCAAGUGAAGAUGAACGUCACUUGGAUCUCAGAUGCUGGAUGUAUCUUGCAGCAGAUUGCAUGCAUUCCAUCGCUGAGCUUUUUGAUAAGGAUAAUAAACCCAGAAAGCAGGAUUAUGGUACAACAGCUAAGCAGCUCUCAGAUUUUGAAAUUCUGAAUCAGAUGCACUUUGAUUAUGCGUACGGAGCUUAUUUUGAUUUUGGAAAUCAUACAGAAAAGGUUCGUUUAAGUUGGAAAGAAAAGAAGGUUGGACACAAUUAUGCAACUAGAGAACUUGUGCGUGCAGUGUUAGAAAGGCCUGAGUUGAGAUUGGUUCCUCAUGUUGGUUAUGUUAGUCUUUUCCCAUUCAUGGGGAAGCUCAUUCCACCUGGAUCAUGGAUUCUGGAAAAGCAGCUUGACCUAAUCUCCAACCAGAGCAUCCUAUGGACCGACUAUGGACUCCGUUCUCUUGCCAAAACAAGCUCAUUAUACAUGAAACGCAACACAGAGCAUGAUCCACCUUAUUGGAGAGGUCCAAUUUGGAUGAACUUUAAUUACCUAAUUCUUUCAGCACUCCACCAUUACUCUAACGAGGAUGGACCAUAUAGGGACAGAGCUAGAGCCAUCUAUAAUGACUUGAGGGGAAAUUUGAUUAGAAAUGUGGUUCUCAAUUAUCACCAGACGGGGUUUCUAUGGGAACAGUAUGAUCAGAAGAAAGGCAAGGGCAAAGGUACACGGCCUUUUACUGGUUGGACAUCACUCGUGGUAUUAAUCAUGGCAGAAGCUUAUGGCGAAACGUAAAACACAUUAUUAUAGAUUAUUUAGGACACUUGGAAUUAUUUGUGUCGUUCCCAUCCCAAAAAGGAUAGUUAGAUGAUUAAUCGUUCAGAUCAUGAUGCAUGCAAUAGCAGUAACCUCUGAUGGGAAUCAUCAUGCAAGCAUUAGCGUAAUGCUUUGCACGAGCCUAAAUUGCAGGAGCUUGUGAUUUAAAGCAUUUUGACAUUUUUGUAAGAUGUAAACUGAGGAUGUGGUACGACUCGGGGUGCCUUCUGAAAUCUCUUUUUUGCAAA